CCCAGCCUCACAUACACUCUUCGUUGGAUUUAAACUCGUCCGUCACCUCCUCUUGGACAUCUCCCUACUACCAUGUACCAGAACACAAUUGUGAAUUCCACCAAUUUUCAUGUGGUCACCUUAUCUACACAGAUAUACGUCUUACUCCCACGGCUUGUUCAAUUGGUCGACUCGUUUACGAGGAUCAACCGCUCCCUGCUCCUGUGUGUCGACCGAGGCACGACGUACACCAGACCUCCACAAAUUUGACUUCGGUUUCUAGAAUCGAAAAAAUCACUUGCUUGAUUCCCCAUAGGAUACCAGAAUGCCAUCGAUUAUUCCAACGAAUCAGUCGAGAUCCCCACCUUGGGCCAUUCUCAAGCGCUUUUCGCUCUGCACAGCGACCUCGCACCAGGGCCAAGCCUAAAAGCGAAUUCUGCUUGAGCAUGCGUUUCCUCCUCUAAACUUGUCCGACCGAGAUAUGCGAGGUCUCGGAGAAGUCGGCCGGUGAAGGGGGGCCAUCGAUAGAGAGUGACCAAUACAAAAGACUGGGGUACGAACUGCGGAGGGAGGGUUAUAUUCCGUUGGCAUUUCUUUCGUGCAGUGUCUGAACAUUGGACAACACAAUUUUCCGAAAACUCAUGACCGAAUCCGCCACCGCAUCACGUAAUGGACCACGUCCACUCGUCAACAUCGUAACGCCUGUGGGCAUGUUGGGUUACGGUCUCAAAGAACAAGAAACGGCGCAAGCAAUUGUAGACGUAUACCGAAAUGGCGCACUGACCGCCAUCGUCCUCGAUUCGGGCUCAACCGACAGCGGGCCAGAGAAGUUAGCUCUGGGAACUAUGUCAGCCCCUCGCUCCAAUUAUGUUAAGGAUCUGACGCAUCUGUUGCGGCUGGGCAAGCUUUACAAAGUCCCAGUCAUUUUUGGAAGUGCUGGAGGCGAUGGAAGCGACGACCACGUAAGAGAAAUGAUAAAAAUCAUUGAAGAGAUCGCGGAGGAAAAGGGGAACGAGCAGUAUAACAUCAAAACAGUGGCCAUAUUUUCCAACAUCGAUAAAAACUAUGUCCACGAGAAACUACGCAAUGGCGCCGUAUCAGGCUGUGGGGCUCCAGUACCGCCGCUGAAUCCCGAAGAUAUCGACCUCGCACCUCGGAUUUGCUCACAAAUGGGCCCCGAACCCUUCUACGAUGCCAUGGUUGCUAAUCCGGGCUUUGACGUGAUAGCGGGCGGUCGCGCUUACGAUCCCGCCCCUUAUGUAGCGUACGCAGCCUACGCGACUAAAACGAACUUCCAAGACACAAUGUCCGAGCAGAAAAAGAAAUUGUUUGGCGCCUUUACACAUAUGGGCAAGAUCAUGGAGUGCGGAGCAGCUUGCGCGCGACCCAAGAGCCAGGGGGUGACGGGAAUUGUGUACGAAGAUGCAAGUUUCGAUCUGAUUCCUCACGACCCUGCUUCACGAUGUACGCCAUUGUCUGUUUCGGCCCAUACGCUGUACGAAAAGACGAGGCCCGAUAUCCUGAGCGGCCCAGGAGGGUGGCUUGAUUUGACAGGGACAACGUACGAGCAGAUGGCAGAUAAUCGGUCAGUGAGAUGUAGAGGUGCAAGCUUCACUUUUUCAAGAGACGCGGGAAAGAAUUAUCAAAUCAAGCUCGAAGGCGCGAAAGUGCAAGGAUACCGAGCACAGUAUAUGGGAAGCUAUCAUGACCCCAUUCUCCUUGAUCAGAUUGAUCUCGUCUUGGACCGCAUAAAGAUGUACGUCAACUUCCAGCACCACGAGACUCGUGACACGUGGGAAAUAGACUGGCACGUCUACGGACGAAACACAAUUGAGAAGACCACUGGAAAACCAGGCGAGAUUUUCUUGAUAGGUGAGGCAAUCGCGCCAACACAAGAGCUAGCAAACAGUCUUGUCGCAACAGCAAGAGUGGCCAGUGUACACAUCCCAUACCCUGGCAUGAAGGCCACGGCCGGGGCUUUUGCAUACGGAUUAGGUGGCAAGAUGGAGAUCCCCCUCGGUCCGUGUGCUGAAUUUUGCAUCUACCAUCUCGUAGAUCUAGAAGAGGGCGAAGAGAGGCUGGCGCUUGAAUCUUCUCCUGAAACGGCCAAUGGUCUUUACCGGCAGGAAACAUACACCAUUGGUAGAGGUGCGCCCCCAACACCUCCACUGCCAAAUGAACAAACCUCAUCGGAAUCAAGCCCGGUGGUGAAACCAGGGAAGAUAUUUUCGAUCCCCCACGAUGACCAGCCUGAUCCGUCUACACUACCCGUACCGCGAACGUUGGGCGCCCUCGCCAGCGUGGUGCGGUCCAAGAACUCCGGCCCCUUCGAACUGACCUUCGACAUCAUGUUCCAGACGGACCGCGAGUACUACAUGGUCAAAGAAGCUGGAUUCCUGACAAAAGCAAAUAUUGCGCAAUUGUACGAGCUCGAGGAGAAGGAAGUCGUGUGGAGUGGCUUCUUUGACCAGGCUCUCGCGUGGAAGGCUACUAUCCCCAGACGUGUCCGCGGCCGGAAUCAGCCGAAUGGGGGGUUCAUGGAGAGCGAUGUCCACGGAAGUCAGAAGUAUAUGCCGUUGUUUGAUAUGGCGUUGCCGGAGAGCUUGGUCGCGCAGCUGGAGGCGCUGAGAUAG